GUGGUCGGCGGUCUUCCCGGCCAAACGGCGACGACCCUCGCUCGUCGUCGUUCAUUCGCGCGCGCGGAUUCGAGAGUUCUCUCACUGAAAGCCGAGUAAUCCCGGCUAGUAAUCUCGUCAAUUCAUGCGAAUAUCGAAAUACCUUGCGACGCGAUUUAAUCAAUUUAAUCCGAAUUGUAGUUUUAGCGCUAGACAAUAUUCCGCUGUGUGAGAUCUACAUCGCUAAAUUGCCAGAAAGAUCUGUAUCGUUGUUUUCUAGAUCCUCAAUAUCUUACUGACAAAGAAACGAACAUGAGAGUCAGUUGAAUUUAUUCCCGAAACAGAUUUUGGGAUGGAUACUUUGUCAGGAAAGCCAAACGUGGUGCAGUUGAGCGGACUCAGGAAGGUUUAUUGUCAACAAGAGAGGAGAACGUAUAUACGCCACUUGGCCAGCAUGUAGAAUCGGACUACUUGGCUAGACUCGCAGGCACCUUUGCUUGAUGAAGCAACACUGCCCGGCUAGACGCAUCGUCGUGCCAAAGCCCGUAAGAAAAAUCUCUCCGUAUUAUUCACAGGCGGACAUUUCCUCUCUGCAAGUCUGCAACCUCCACUUCGGAAAACGAUCCCGCCGGAAACGAUCGCUCUGUUGCGCGCUCCGAGUCGUUAACGAAAAACGCGAUUUUUCAGUCAGAUUCGUUAUGAUGUCGCACAAGAGGAGCCGGAAACCCAACGAAGUCGACAAAUUCACUUGAAUUGAAUUCUUCUUUCACUUAGGAAGAAAUUCCGAACGCAAAAAAGGAAAAUAAAUAAAGCACAGGGAGGAAGAGGAGGAAUGGGCCCUUGGGCCUUCGGCGUACCUCUUGUGUCAACUUUGGGCCUUCUCCUGAAUGGUUACAUUCUCCUUGUCGUUUUCGGUCUUGGUAAACAGACGCAGCAGCAGCAAACGGCAAACACUUUACUGCUGAUCCAUUUGGGUGCCGUGGAAGCGGCGGUGUGCCUGAUAUUGCUGAUCUUUGCAACCGGCUCGUGGCCGCUUACUGGUACGUGGUGCGUCCUUUACGGAUUUCUACUGGCGCUGUUACAUCCGGUUGCCCUUUGGACCGUCACCGGUUUAAACUGCGACAGGUAUUACGCGAUCGCUGCACCGCUUCACUACGCCGCUUUGGUCUCUCCACGUCGCGUGGUCGUCGGGCUGGCUGCCUCUUGGACAGGCGCUCUACUCCUGUGCUUGCCACCGUUCUCGGGUCUGGUGCCACCUUAUAGCUAUAAUAAAGAAUUGGGUUGCUGCGCCCCGGAUUUCGGGAACAGCACUUGGGGAUCCGCCGCGGCGCUCUACGGCGCCGUUUAUGCCAUCCUGGGCCUGGGACUGCCGGCCGUCCUCGUGACGGUCUGCAAUUUACGCGUAUUGGGUAUAGCGCGGUACCAUCGACAUCGUAUCGCCAGUGCGAUCUACGAGGUCACCCUGAGCGCCCAGGUGACCAUCACCCAUCAGAGAAAUCCAUUUUUCGUGCCAACCGUCACCGCACCUUCCGCCGGCGGACCGCCGCGUUUUCACAGCGCUGCCAGCACGGUGAUGCAACUGGUUGGCUCUUUGUACCUGCUCUAUUUUCCGUAUUGUGGAUUUAUUCUCUGGGAAGCUUGUGGCGCCGGUAAUCAGCACCGUCUUCACGCACACCCUAAGCUGGCCUCUUUAGCGUCGCUCCUCCUCGCGUGCUCACCACCCAUCAACGGCCUUCUUUACGGUUUGAAAUCGCAGACCCUGCGACGGUCUGUGCAGAACUACUGGCGGAAAAAAGCAACUAAGUCGGAAUUACAGCAGGAGAUACAAGCGAGAACACCGAGCGUCGCGGGAUCCAGGAGACCUUCUGGCAGUGGAAACACUUCCUUCUUCCCAUUCCCUCCUUUACAGCGAAGGCUCAGCGAGGCAUUAUUGGCUCUCGGCUCGUGCAGAACUGGAGGUAGUUUUGAAAGCAAUAAUCUGGGAUUCCAGCGCGGCAGAUUACAACCUGCUGUCUCGUGUAACACUCUCAGAGUGCCGACCGCUGAAUCAGGUGAACCGAGCAAAUUGGUGAGGGCGAGCGCGAGUGCCGCCAGUCUGAUGGGUCCCCAUUAUCGGAGCGACUUUAUCGGGGCGGAUUUGGGUGCGGAAUGCUCCAUAGCUAUGUGCGAGACCCCGAAGAGGAGCCCGAGGAUCCUCAUAACGCGCGCGUACAGCGAGGAGAGCCAAGACGGAGGCAGCCCCCUUCUGAGAAAAUUCCUCAAUUCCAAUAUUAAUCCACCGCCGUGCGAAAAACGUCGAUGGCGACACUGCAGCACCGGAAGCGAGAGCAGCACGGGAAGUAGCGAUGCGAGCGUAUGGACCACCGGCGUGGUUCCAAAGUACGGCAAGGGUAAUGCGAAGAACACGGAUGGCUGGUCCUCACGUACGCGAUACGUGCGCGGCAAGAAUUUAGAAGAAGGCGCAUUGUCAACUACAAUGAGGCCGAACAAUAACAGCGAAAGCAGUGAUACCACGGAUACAACUACAGCCACGACAACAACCACCACGCUGCUUAAAUCUCUCGCUGUGGAGACUGGCGAACAGAAUGAAAGAGAGAAGGAAAGGAUGAAUGAUAAUAUAAAGAAAAGAGAGUUUAGCGAGAGUGAAAGCAGUUGGAGCAGUGUUGAAGAAAUUGAAACCAAGGCAGAGAGAAAUGAUGAAGACGACAAUCCUGACAGGUCGAAGGAGGAAGACUCGCAAACGAGACCUUCGCGACAAAAGUCGAAAAUCAGUAAUCGCGAUCCCGACGUUUCCGAGGAGGAUGCGCAACUGAGGCCACUUCUAACUCCCUCAUCUUAAAGCCUAUUUCUUAAAUGUAUUUUCUUUUGAAUAAUUCGUCGUUUCUGUGUUGUGUGUGU